AUGACUAACGAUGUUACAAAAGUACUAAAAUUCGAAAAGCGUACAAACAAUAUAUGUGGCACACCGUUAUUUGAUUUUAAUUUGGUUUACAAUAUAUUAGUGAAGUUGGAUCCAAAUAAAUCUGUUGGCCCAGACGGAGUAAGUCCAUUUGUAUUAAAAAAUUGUGCUUUUGUUCUAGCAACACCUUUAAGUUAUAUAUUCACACUUUCGAUGCAAUCAGUUAUUUGUCCAGAUGAUUGGAAAUCUGCACACAUAACACCUUUAUAUAAAAAAGGUAGCAAACUAAAUACAAGCAAUUAUCUACCAAUUUCUUUGACGUCAGUUGUUAGUAAAGUUAUGGAAAAAAUUGUCAAAGACAGUAUGGUCCAACACUUAGUACAAAAUCACCUAAUUUCAACUAAUCAACAUGGUUUUAUGCACAACAAAUCAUGCACAACUAAUUUAAUUGAAACAAUGGACUUUAUUACCUAUUCAUUAUCUAAAGGAAAUGCGGUUGAUGUAGUAUUCAUGAAUUUUGCCAAAGCCUUCGAUGUUGUUCCGCAUAGAUAUUUAAUUCACAAAUUGUAG